GAUGCUCGAUUGAACGCUCAUUUGAAUUUGCGAGUUUGGUUAGUCACGUGUGCACUUGAGGUGUGCCGUUUGAACGCGCACUGACACUUGCGUCCUUCCUAUUUGUAGUAUAUUUUCGACCGCGAGGUCGUCUGUUUCCAAACGAUUUGAAAACAUUGGUGAAGUGUAAGAGCGAAGAAGGUGAAGAGGGUCUAUCGCCGGCAAACGAUCGUCCCGCUUUUAAAUAUUACCGAACGAGCCGAGAACAUUUUUCGUUUUAAUACGAAAGAUUUAAUAGAACGAUCAUUGCGUUUAGAUAUUAUUGGUAAACGAAUAAUUGUAACGGAAAAUGAGCGAAAAAACAGUGCCGAACGCAGUCAAGUUCUUUAUUGGCGGCUCGGCUGGUAUGCUUGCAACUUGCUGUGUCCAACCGCUCGAUCUUAUAAAAAAUCGCAUGCAACUGAGUGGAACCAAAAGUUCCACCGUAUCUGUCAUUUCGUCAAUUAUAAAAAAUGAAGGAAUAUUGGCAAUGUAUUCUGGUUUAUCCGCUGGUUUAUUGCGCCAAGCGACAUAUACGACGACAAGACUUGGAAUAUACACAUGGCUCUUUGAAAUAGUAUCAAAAGAUGGUCAACCAAGUUUUAUUAAAAAAACUGGCCUAGGAAUGUUCUCCGGAUGUAUUGGCGCAUUUAUUGGAACACCUGCAGAAGUGGCAUUGAUUAGAAUGACAGCUGAUGGAAGAUUACCAGCUGAUGAAAAAAGGAACUACAAGAAUGUGUUUAAUGCCCUAUUUCGUAUAACACGUGAAGAAGGAGUUUUAGCACUAUGGCGAGGAGCUAUUCCUACAAUGGGCCGUGCUAUGGUAGUUAACGGCGCUCAAUUAGCCUCUUAUUCACAAGCUAAGCAAUUUCUUUUAGAUACAGGUUACUUUAAAGAAAAUAUUACUUUACAUUUUGCAAGUUCAAUGAUUUCUGGUUUAGUAACAACAGCAGCCUCGAUGCCAGUAGACAUUGCUAAAACAAGAAUACAAAAUAUGAAAAUGACCAAAACUGGAAAGCCAGAAUAUACAGGUGCAAUUGAUGUAUUGACUAAAGUUAUACGGAACGAAGGAUUAUUUGCAUUAUGGACAGGAUUCUUACCUUACUACGCUCGUUUGGGACCACAUACUGUAUUAACAUUUAUACUUUUAGAACAAAUGACAUCUUUAUAUAAGUUGCAUAUUGCAUAAUUAUUAAAUGAAGACGAAUUAUUUAUAUUAAUUCGAUAUUAGCCAGAGGCAAUUCAACGUUGGGAACAACAAAUAAAUUUUAUUCUUUUAUUAUUACGCUUUUAAGUAACGAAACAUUCUUCAUGCAUUCUUUUACAAUAAUA